CAGUGGAAACGGAGAAGAAGACGGAAUUUUGUCGUUGACUAAUUUUGUUUGUGUGUCAGUACCAUAACAAAGAUGACGAAGGGUCAAGUCCAGUCAGCUAUGGCCUCGGCGCCUUUUGCGACCUGCAUGAAGACGAUUCUAAUGGUUUUCAACAUCAUAUUUUGGAUCACAGGUAUUGCCAUCCUGGCGCUGGGGAUAUGGACAAAGGUUCAGCUGUACAUGUACAUGGAACUGUCAGAGGACUACUACAAGGAGGCCCCUUAUGUCCUGAUUGGGGUGGGAGCAGUCAUUGUCGUCGUUGGCUCACUGGGAUGCUGCUGUACUGCAAAGGGCAAUGCUUGUCUUCUCUACAUGUAUGCAGGAUUCCUGAUGAUUGUGUUUGUGGCAGAACUCAGUGCUGGUGUGUCCGGAUUUGUGUACAAGGGCAAGCUGGAGAAGGGCUUCCAGGAUGGACUGAACAAGGCCCUGGAGAAGUACGGUAACCCGAAGUUUGCCACCAAAUCUGAGGCUGUGGAUGGACUACAGAGAGCUUUGCACUGCUGUGGCAUCAGCAGCUAUGAGGACUGGUUUACCUCCCCUUGGUCUAGGAAGGCAGGGAAAGGUAACUCUGUGCCCAAGAGCUGCUGCAGGGUUAAUGAGGACGUCUGCAAGAACACGAACCUGCCUGCUAAAGCUGGUAACAGAACUGAGCUGGAUGUGUAUGAAACUGGCUGUCACACGCUUGUGGUGGAAUUCAUGAACGGUAACUUGGCUUUGAUCGGGGGAAUAGCUCUGGGAGUCUCCUUCUUCCAGGUUUUUGGGGCAAUCAUUGCGUGCUGUCUGGCCAAGAGCAUCAACAAGUCCAAGUAUGAGCAGGUGGCUUAGUGGAAUUCAGAGGUGGUCCCUUACAUCGUAUUAUGCUACAUUUAGUGUUUUUAUGUAUCACUUGUGGCAUUAAAUGUAGUCCCUCUUGUUAGGCGGUGAAACUUACAAUUAACAGUUGACAAGUACUCUAUAAUAUACCUAAUAAGGCAUGCAACUUUUCUGAGUAAUGUUUGUGUUUAAUUUCUCACUUAAUGUUUCUGAAAUAGUAAUUCAAUGUUUGUUAUUAUAUGUAUAUAUAUAU